AUGGUUGAAAUCAAGAAUGUUGCAGUCUCAGGUGCCUCUGGCACCAUCGGCGUCCCCGUCGUAAAAGCCCUCCUCGACUCCGGAAAAUUCACCGUCUCAGUCCUCGCCCGCGAAUCCUCCAAGUCAACUUACCCACCCGGCGUCAAAGUCCUCCGCGUCGACUUCGAAUCCGUCGCCUCUCUUACCUCCGCUCUCAAAGGCCAAGACGCAGUCAUCUCAACCGUCGGCAACGACGGCAUGGCCGGCCAAACCAAAGUCAUCGACGCCGCCAUCGCCGCAGGCGUGAAACGCUUCCUGCCAUCUGCAUUCGGCUCCGACGUGGAGAACCCAUUAGUCGCAGCUCUCCCAGUUUUUGCUCACAAAGUCAUGGUAGAGAAACAUCUCGAAGCCGCGAUCGCUGAGCAGAAAGGUGAGAAGAUGACGUACACCUACUUCCGCAACGGCAUUUUCUUGGACUGGGGGAUUGAAGUGGGAUUUUUCUUUGAUGUGAAGACUGGGAAGACGCCGUUGUAUGAUGGUGGUGACCAACCCUUUAGCACCACGACCCUCGCUAGCGUUGGAAAGGGUGUUGUCAGUGUGCUUGAACACUACGAGGAAACAAAGAAUCGCGCGGUCUUUGUUCAUGAUCUUGCGAUCUCGCAGAAGAAGCUGGUGGAGAUUGGGAAGAAAGUCGCGCCUGAGAAGGCAUGGGAGACGGAGCUAGUUUUGACAUCGGAGACGAAGGCCAAGUCUGAUGAAGGGCUGGCGAAGGGAGAUUACAGCGGUGCAGUGAUGAUUCCGUAUCUUUAUAAUUCGAUCUGGACCGAGGGGUAUGGCGGGUACUAUGAGAAGGUUGAUAAUGAGCUUUUGGGGUUGCCGUUGAUGACGGAGGAUGAUGUGGAGAGGAUUAUGAGGAAGAUUUUGGUUUAG